AGGACACUUGCGUGGCUACCACAGCUACCACAAGUAUGGCUACCCCAAGUAUGGGCCAUACAAGUACCAGCAUCCAUACUAUUCGGGCGCUGGGUCUCACCCGUUCUAUCAUGGCCAUAUGGCGUAUCCUCAUCCAUAUAUGGGCUCUCAGAUCGGCGCCUUGGCUUCCUCUUCUGCAUGGGCCAGUGUGAAAUUGGAAGACUACACGGCCGAGGGCCAGCCCUGCAGCGGUAUCACUGGAUUGGGAGCCGGGCAAAAGCCCUGCGCCCCAUGGCUUGCUUGUUACAAGCACACCUUCUCUGGCUCGUUGUUUGGCCGCGCUUACGGCGGCUACUACGGUCAUUCCCAGAGCGGCCAUUGCAAAGCCAAGUUGGUCCACUUGGGCCAGCGAUGCGGUCGUUCAGAGAGCACCCACGCCGAAAUCAACAUGGGUCGUUGCCCGGCAUGGUCGCACUGCCAGCCGGACGUCGGAUUCGUGAAUCAGAAGGGAGGCGAGCUGCUGGGUGGGGGAAUCUGCAUACAGACCCCGAUCGAACGAGUUGAGGAUUUCUUGGAUCCCUUCCACUCAGCUCUAACCUGAGAGGCAGACAGCGGUGUGGCGCUCUGGUUGAACACGCCGCGAACCGGCAUGCCUGAGCAGCCGGUGGAAGUCGGUGUAAGAUAUGGCCGGCAGUGUCUACAGUGUCUACCCAAUGGGUGAAAAU